AGGAGGAAGACUACAUUUCCCGCCGGCCCCGGGAGGGCCGGGGCGGGUACAAAGCGGGCGCUACCUGGGCCGGCAGGUGAGCGCCAACAGGCCCGCCCGGGAGCCGCGAUGCCUUUCUCCAGCUCCGGCGCGGACGAUGCCUUCGACUACCUCUUCAAGAUCAUCCUGAUCGGCGACUCCAACGUGGGGAAGACCUGCGUGGUGCACCGCUUCAAGACGGGGCAGUACAACGAGAAGCAGCAGAACACCAUCGGCGUCGACUUCACCGUGCGCUCGAUGGACAUCGACGGCAAGAAAGUGAAGAUCCAGGUGUGGGACACGGCCGGUCAAGAACGCUUCCGGACAAUAACCCAGUCUUACUACAGGAGUGCCCAUGGGGCCAUUCUUGCUUAUGACCUUACUAGGAGGUCCACAUUUGAAUCCAUUCCUCACUGGAUUCAUGAAAUUGAAAAGUAUGGUGCUGCAAACUUGGUGAUGAUGUUAAUUGGGAACAAAGCGGAUUCACUGGAUAAGCGCCAAGUCCUGUUUGAAGACGCCUGCACGCUGGCAGAGCAGUAUGGGCUCCUGGCUGUACUGGAGACAUCGGCAAAGGAAGCUCAAAACAUAGAAGAGGUGUUCAUGUUAAUGGCUAAAGAGCUAAUAGCCCGAAAUACCUUACAGCUUCACGGAGAGAACCCCCCGAACAGCAUCUACCUUGAUUCCAGGCCAGUGAUUGCCAGUCCGAGUGUGGAGAAGACCCAGUGCCUCUGUUAAAGAGAUUUCAGGAAGAACUUGGAAGUCGGCCCUCUUCUGAGGCUGUCUGAUUUCAUUUUACUGAAUUGAUGAAAGUGGGCUAGGUGGCCUCAAGCCAUCUCUCUUGCUAUCUCUACCUUGCGGUUUGGCUUGUAAGUAUCUUCAGAGAUGGUUGUUGCUGUCGGUAGCACAGGUUGCUCUGAACAGGGCAGCUGAUUCCCUAACGCAAACUCUUGAGCUGAGAAGGCUCAGGAAGCUGCCAGCCCUUGCGUUAACCAAAGAGAACUGUAAAAAUUGUUGCCUUUCAUUACAGCCUUAAAUGAUUUUCUGGCUAUGGCAGAAGAUAAAUUUGUACUAGAGCUCUGCCUUUAUUUGACCCUUCUAAGCACAUCCUUAAAUGAUUUUCUGGCUAUGGCAGGAGAUAAAUUUGCACCAGAGCUCUGCCUUUAUUUGACCCUUCUAAGCGAUUCUGUUUGUUCUAGUGCAAACACUUUACUCUUUGCCACUAGCUUUAAAAAGUCUGACACAGGCGUGGACAGCACUAACCCACUGCUGCUGAAACUUUCGCUGAGGGGGUGGUGCAGAUGUCAGGCACGUAGCCACCCCUCGCCAGGAGCUUAGUAACAUUCACCAGACAAACCUGGAGAUAUCCCUGGGGUUUCACAGCAGGCAGAAUAUGAUACACCAGGGUCCCAACCCUCUUCCUGGGGUGAGAGAAGUUAUCUUUUACUUUGCGCUCGAAGAAUUGCUUCCAGUAGCUCUCUCUGUCUUACUACCCAGACUUGCUAGGCGUAGCAAAGCUUCCAAGACAGCAGUGAUGGCCUAAAUCAAUGCUGGGGCAAAAGGACCUUUUUCUUCCCCUCCCCUCCAACCUUGUCAUGCUUUUGAGGUGCUGAUUUGAAUCAAAAAGCCGCCUUUAGUUUGUGCGAUGGGCCAAAGGGAGCUUGAGAGUAUGCCUGUAGGUUUUCAAGGGAGAGUGAAGAAGGGAUUCAAGCUCCUGUAAGACUCCGCAAGGGGUAAGAUGGUUUAAUUACAUAACCUCAGCUUAGAGCAUUAAGGGAAGGGUAUGGGACAUACCAGAAGGCUGCUCCUAGGCAAGUAUAAAUGCUGCUGCUAUGGAGACUGAACACCUCAGUACAAGAGGCAGCUUUGUAUUUAUUGCUCCUCCCAAAUGCAAGCUCUGCUAUUGGGGCUCACUGCUAUGGACUGGAACUGAAUGAAGGAUGAAGGCUUUGGGUUUUGGGAUGUAGUUUUUGGUUUGGGGUUGUUUUUUUUUUUUUUCUCCAGUAGAUGGAAACAGGGAAGGGGAAGGAGUUAAGAAAUACUAUACAGAGGAAGGCUUUUGACUGCAGUUCAUGUGUACCAAAGUGCAUCACUUACUGUUAAGCUAUGAACUGGAACUCAAACUCUGUCAUGGUAAAACACAGUCUGGGUUACCUGCAGCACAGCCCUGGGAAGACUGGAGAGCUGUUCGCUUACCCGAUGGCAGUCUACCCAUGCUUCAUGAGCAAUUAAAAAAUGGAAAAACGUGUAGCAAGUAUUGCUGGAAAAUCUUGUCUGAGAAGCACAAAAAAUAAAGCAGGAUGAAUCACUAA